GUGCGAACGACCCCUAUAUAUUCCGCCACAUCUCGAUGUUGUAUCGACACGUGGCAGGCAUAGAUCACAGCAUCCUUACCCACCACAUCCUGCCAGUGAGAAUGUGGGCGCAAAGUGGGGUUCAAGUUUCCUACGUGGCCCUCUUUCAUGCAGUACUCUUUGCUCCCGGGCUAAACCUGCUCUGUCUUGUGAGACGAUGUCUCUACCACUAACUUUUGUGACCAUAACCCCGAAGACAAAGCACGCCGCCACGGUCAUAUUCGCUCAUGGACUAGGAGAUAAUGGCCUGGAGUUCUCAAACAACAAGGAGAUGCGCAUGAUUGCAUCCCAGCUUCCACACAUCAAGUGGGUGUUCCCUAAUGCGCCUGAGCGCUCCAUCACUGCGUGGAAAGAAGAUCCGAGGAGGCAAAGUUCAGCCAGGGGCUGGCUUGACGUCUUGCGCGAGCCUUUGGUGUAUUCGUCGGAAUACGAUGACAUUAAGGAGUAUGAUGAGGGAAUUAUGCAAAGCGUCAAACAUUUAGAUGCCUUUAUCCAGUCUGAGAUCAAUUCAGGAAUUCCACAAGGACGUAUCGUGCUAGGGGGAUUUGGCCAAGGGGGCGCGAUAUCCCUCAUCACAGGUUUGGGUGGUAAUCAGUGGAGGGGUGCAUCCGAUACGAAAGAUGGUUGGAAGUUGGGAGGUGUCAUAUGUCUGGGUGGUUGGCUCCCCAUGCGAGAAAAAUACAAAAAGCGGUUGUCCAUGCAUGCAUCUACGAUACCCGUGUUCUGGGGUCAUGGAGUGCAGAAUGAAUCCGUGACCUGGGGUUUGAGCUGGGAGUCAGCCAAGUUCAUAGGAGAUGAACUCGAUGUCAGAUAUGGACAAUAUACGAAGGUAGGAGACCCGGGCGUGAGCUUUAUGUCGUACGGCAUAGCGCAUUGGAUGGCUGAAUCUGAGAUGGAGGACCUGAGGUUUUUCUUGAAAAAGGUCCUUCCUUUGGAAGGAUAGGGGGCGUGUCAAUCUUUCUGCGUACUGAGACUUUUCUUUCGCACCCU